AUGACUCCGGGUGAACUUCGACACUGGCUAGAAGAGCCGGACUCACAGUCAUCGGGGUGGACCAGUGACUCGGGCGAGACUAUCGGUCACGAAAGGCGAGUCCAGUUCACAAGAGAAGAACUCCUCGAGCGACAGGGAGGCGGACGCAAAACCGUCAACAUUUUGGAACCCAAUCCCGAGGGCCAACUGGGUCGAUACACAGACGCCGAAAUUGACCACAUGCGCAGGGUGGUGUCAUACUGCAAACGCCAUCUGGCCCAGGAAGAGAGCGCCAAGCGUAACCCCCACAGCCGAAGUUAUCGAUCGUUGAAGAAUUGGGGGCAUGAUGCGCUAAAGGAGUAA